AUGACCAUUGUUUUGAGAUUUGUUACUCUAGAUGGUUUUGUUAAAGAGAGAUUCUUUGAUCUUGUGCAUGUCACUGAUACUUGUGCAACAACUUUAAAGAAAGAAUUGAUUUCUAUCCUUUCUCAUUAUAAUCUCCAAGUUGAAAACAUUAGGGGUCAAGGGUAUGAUGGUGCUAGCAAUAUGCGGGGUGAGUGGAAUGGUUUGUUACAAUUAGCAUUGGUGGCAUCUUCAAGAGAGGUACUUCAAAUUCAUGAAUUUUUUACUCAAUUAAACUCUAUUGUCACUAUUGUUAGUGCUUCUUCAAAAAGACAUGAUCAAUUACAAGAAGCUGAAGCAAUUGAAAAUGAAAACUUGGUUGCUCAAAAUGAAUUAGAAAUAGGCAAAGGUGCGAAUCAAAUAAACACUUUACAAAGAGCUGGGGAUACUCGAUGGAGCUCUCACUUUAAUUCUAUUUGCAGUUUGGUAAAAAUGUUUACUGCUACCAACAUUGUUCUCUAUAAUAUCAUUGAAGACGGGACAACUUAUGCACAAAGAGGUGAGGCUUAUGGUGUUAGUAAAAUAUUAUUGUCAUUUGAAUUUUGUUUCACUUUGCACUUGAUGAAAGAGAUUAUGGGAAUCACUAAUGUUCUUUGCCAAGCACUGCAACAACAAUCUCAAUAUAUUCUUAAUGCAAUACAUAUUGUUUCUACAUCAAAGUUACUUCUUCAACAAUUGAGAGAUGGUGGAUGGUGUAAUUUUCUUGCAAAUGUUAAAGAUUUUUGUGAAAAACAUGAAAUUGAAGUCCCUAAUAUGAGCGCACAAUAUGUUUUUGGAAGAGGUCGAUCUCGUCAACCAAGUGUGACAGUUGAGCAUCAUUAUCGAAUAGAUGUAUUCUUGGCAACAAUUGACUCUCAAAUACAAGAGUUGAAUAGUAGAUUUAAUGAGCAAACAAUAGAGCUUUUGACUUUGAGUUGUGCUUUGGAUCCUAAGGACAAUUUCAAAUCAUUUAAUAUUGAAGAAAUUAGCAAGUUAGCAGAGAAGUUUUAUCCCCUUGACUUUCCUUCUAAUGAGCUGAAUAUUUUGAAAUCUCAGUUGUAA